AUGAGGCUUACCGACGCUCUCCUCUCGGUCACUCUCGCCUCGGCAAGCGCCAUUGACGGUACAGGCGCCUACGGCGCAGAGCUGAAGGAAAAAUUCUACAAACCGGCGGCUGAAUUUUUCUGGGACGUUGUUGGUCAUAAGAACGAGCGACUUUCCACGAGUGUGCACAAAUGGAACAUGUCUCUUCAUGCCGAACUGCAGCCGUACAUAGAUGCCAGGGUUCGGACUGAGCUCGAGCUCCUGCCCCAUCUCGCCGACCUGAACGCCAAGCUUCCGGCCAUUGUCGAUAACAUUCAGCUUGCCAUCGUCCGUAGCAAGCCGUGGAUUCAAAAUCAGCAGCAAUGCGGCGACGCCAGAGUGGCCGUUUGCGAUCUUCGAACCCAGUUGACCUUUUUUGCCGAGUUUAUGGCCAAUAGCCUCAUGGUAACCAACUGGAAGGCCGACCCGAGCGACGAUGUCACGUCGAAGAAGGAUGAGGUCGAUGCAAUCAUGGCCAGGCUUACGCGGGAGUUUGAGGAAGGCGAGUGCAUCGAUGGCAGGCCCGCGAAUGAGUAG